AUGCAUGCUCCCGCGGUCGUAUCAGCUUUGUUGUGCGUGGUGGCCAGCAAUGCAGCUCCAGCGGCCAAUGGUGGAUCGCAGCAAUACUGUCCUUCAAUAUCGCCGGCCUAUGCGGCAGCCGUGCAGAAUCAAUUCCAAACCGACAUGAUUGUUCCGGACUUGAUCGAGCGCAUUAACCCCACCGUCGGAGUCAACGUUGCGUACAACACCGCGGAUCAAGGCUCGAAGGCCGUCCAACUGGGAACCUACUUCACGCCAGAGCGUAAGUCACGCAACUGACACUCUCAUUUGCGGAACAAAGACUAACGAUAUAUACAGAGACAUUAACGAUGCCAACCCUCAAUUUCACGGCCGAGCAGAAGUACGAUCCAUACAGUACCAACUACACCUACUUCCUCGUCGACCCAGACGUCCCACAAGAUGGAAGCAUGGUCCAGGUCAAUUUCCUGCACUGGAUGGUCUCCCACGCCCAGCCCAACUGCGUCCCAAACCAGAAGCAAGACACCGUCGUGACCUACCAGCCGUUGACCCCGGCCAGCACCACCCAGCACCGAUACACCUUCCUGGUAUACCGCGAGCCGCAAGGUUUCAAUCCGGAUGCGGACCUCACUCUGCAAGCUAGGACACCCUUUGAUUUGAAUGAUUACACGCAAGAUAACAAGCUCGUCCUGGUUGGUGGGAAUUUUCUGAAAGAGGCGAUUGAUAAUGGUGUCGUCGGUUGA